AACCGAGGUUGCGGUUUCAGAUACAUAGCUAGUCUAUAUCUACCUCGGUGCCUCCCAUCUCAAGUUCCCUGAAAGGCUACACCAAUCCAUAGCGUCUUUCCUAGGUGCCUUUGACGGCUUUUGCCUUUCCUUCCGGCAUGAUCCGGCGGCUUGUCUCUCAGCUGCUGUGCUUUCCAGUUUUGCCUCGGUCAUCUUCGGUUCGACACAACACUCGGCAACCACGGCUGCAAGUUUCUGUCGUUGACCUGCAGGUAAGAUGGGACAGUUUUGUGCCGAACAAUUUCCGUCCUCGGUGUUCGUCUUUGGCGACAACCUUCCUUUUUCGUUCAGCAACAGAGCCAACGAAGCCGGACCGGGAGUUUUCUUGGCGGGAACUUUUGAGGCCCUUCCCGGAAAGCUUGACAGGGCAUCACACGUGGGAGAUCUUCGUCAGACCAAGGCGCCACGCGGGAAUGCGGACCCUCCCACCCAGUGGCUUGCAGCAACCCCAUGCCAUCACAGACGGCCGGGUUGCACGGAAGGAAGAUCGUCCAUGGAGAAGAGGAGGACAUCGGGUCGAAUUUCCGUCUUGUCGUGUGUGCUUCCUUGCUGCGUCUGCAUCUUUGCUGUGGUCGUCACACCACCCGUUUGCCUUCUCGAGUAUCAUCCAUGCCGGGGAGCUCACGCAACCGAAUCACAUGUAUGUGCGUCGCAAAGGACCGGGCCACCAAGUCUUUCGGAAACGCUUCGCUUCAAGAACCUCGGGCGAAGCCAUAUCCGGGUUCCGAAGCAGUAUGCUGACAGAGUGACGGGUAAUUGACAGGUGGCUACUUAUCCAAGGAGACACAUCCCAUGGUUUUGGCCGCACCGACCUGACCAGGCGCACCGUUUUGCCCUCCCAGAUAUCAGGGUAAGAUAUGUAG